ACAACUUUACGGCAUAGACUGUGGAGAACAAUCACUUAAUACUUGAUUUUCUUGUCAGCCUGAAAAACAGCGAGGAAAAAACUGAAUUUCGAUCUGAAAAACAUAUACUGAAAAAACAUAGUGGUUUCGGAGCUAUUAACGAGUGAAACCAAUUUCUGUGGAAGGAAAGAACUUAAAAAUAUCCCCGCACCUAUUUGAAGGCCUUGGUACAAGCGAAACAGCGGCGCAAAAGUCUUCAAAAAUUUGCAAACCGGUUUUCUGAGCAGAAACACACCCGCUCGACAGUCCAAGAGUCAAGCAAGAGUACAUCAAAUUAAACAAGCAAGGCGAAGCAAUCAUGAACACUGGAAUCUCCUUAAACGAGCGCUUCACGCAAAUGCAGUCGAAGUUGCCUCCACAGGCACGCGGUCGCAGCCGCUCUAGGAGCAGGAGUCGCCGCAUCGUGGGCAGCGGUGCUGGGAAUCCAGGAGUCUCCGCGGCCAACUCUCGGCUGCUGCAGGAAUUCAAGCGGCGCCACACCGUUCAGACGGCCCUCAAACUGAAGCGCAGAAGCUUACGGACCACCGGCGUCAGCGGACGCGGAGCACGCGUCGUCGGCGUCAAGUCGCUGCGACUGGCGCCCAACGGGAAGCCCAUACGGUCAAACAAUGUGACGCGGGUAGCAACGAUGCGUGCCGAUCUAGUAGCCAGCGGCAACGUCGCACGCAGUCGCCGCAGCGGCAGCAGCAUUCGCAUUGUCCCCGCCACAAACGGAGGUGGAGGUGGACUUCGGCAGCGGCUAGGACAGCGCCGCCCUUCGGUGGGCGGUGCCGCCGAGCGCGUUGAGCGUCGUCAGCGACAGCAGCAGCAAGCCCCACGUAGAGGAUCCCGCUCUCGAUCCCGUUCCCGACGCCCGCAACCAGAUAGCGUAGACAGAGCGCGUUCUCAAAGCCGUGGACGCAGCAUUGGGCGUUCCCAGAGCCGCAAUCGCGAUCGCUCCGCCCAGGGCCGUGUUCCAGUGAAACAACGGCUUUCAGUCAAGCAUCGCCUUGGAGUGCGAACUGGCCAGGGAAACAAUCAAGCCAAGAUCCCACGACAGCGCCGUACACCAAGCCAACUUCGAGGUGUAGCAGGCGGACGGGUUGAGAAGCGUCGUAGUUCUCAAAUUUCCCAAAUGAAGGGAGUUUCCUCUUCACUUGCCAGACGUCGGGGACGAAGAUCUGCAGCUAGAAACGCGGCUUCAAGUGGUGGGGCAGGUAACAAAUCUGCUUCUGCUCGUCGCUCACGCUCGCGCAAUCGUGCUGCCGUCGUCGCUGCUGCUGCUAUCACCGCUUCUGCUCUAGGCCGGGCUAAUCCUCGCCAGCGACGUGGACACAGUGCCGGCGCUGCCAAGGGCAACAACAACAGAAAUGGUAAAACCGACAAAAACGCGAAGGUCAAGGCGACAAAUGGUGGAAAAAAGGGCCCGCAGCAACAGGCUCGCCGGGGACGCACUCGUAGUCGUAAGCCUACAGGCAAAUUACAGCGCCCCGAGGUGAAACGCGAGGAUUUAGACAUCGAACUGGAUCAGUACAUGUCCACCACAAAGUCAGAGAUGGACUACUUGUUGAAGUAAACAGAAGUUGAUUGGACCACAGACUACUUAAUAAGAACAAUUGAAGAGAAUAAAAUUAAACUACCACCGGCUA